GUUUGCUCUUGUGCUCACAGAUGUGCUCCAUCCCAUGUCAUAUCCAGGAAAGGGUCACGUGGCGGUUCUUGUUUGCUACCGUUGGCGAAAAGAAAUGGCUGGGAUGGAUUCGAGAACAUCAAUCGUGGCAACUCUGGGAUGCCUUAGAAUGACUGAUACAUGACCGACAACCCAAUGGCCUUUGAUCUCUCUCGAAUCACACCACGUCGUCCUGGAAGACGUCGUCGCUGCUUCUUGCUUCUAGGCUUCUUAGCCUUGGCUUGCUGGGCUACUUUGGACGCCCUGUAUCAUUUCGUAUAUCAUCACCACCGAGUGACCGCCGCGGUUGCCGUCAGACCUCCUCCGUCGCCCCAACCCGAACGGAUCUACAUUGCGAGCGUACAUUGGAACACCGAGGCGAUUCUUCGAAGUCACUGGAAUGAGGCGGUCAUCCGCCUGGCGGAGAAAUGGGGAGCUGGCAAUGUGUUUGUGAGCGUCUUUGAGAGUGGAAGCUGGGAUAACACAAAGGGGGCGCUUCGCGACCUUGAUCGUGACCUUGACCGGCUGGGAGUCCGACGGAAUAUUACCCUAUCUCCCACAACCCAUCGAGAGGAGAUCUCGGCGAUUCCUUCAAGUGAGGGAUGGGUCGAUACGCCCCGUGGUCAGAAAGAGCUCAGGCGCAUACCUUACUUGGCUCGGAUUCGCAACUGGACUUUGCGCCCCCUGGAGGAUCUCCAACGCCAGGGCAUUUUAUUUGAUAAGAUUCUUUUCCUGGGUGAUGUGGUAUUCACCGUGGAUGAUAUUAUCGCGUUACUUCGGACAAAUGAUGGCGUGUACUCUGCGGCAUGCUCGCUAGACUUUAUGAGACCACCUGCUUAUUACGAUACAUUUGCGUUGCGCGACUCCGAGGGUGAUGGGCAUCUGAUGCCAACAUGGCCCUACUUUCGCUCUACAGAUUCUCGGAAUGCGCUGCUCAGCAUGUCCCCGAUCCCCGUCAAAAGCUGCUGGAAUGGUAUCGUGGCCAUGCCCACGGAGCCCUUCCUGUCGCCCACCCCUCUCCGAUUCCGCGGGAUCCCCGACUCUCUCGCGCAAUUCCAUCUCGAGGCUUCCGAAUGCUGCCUCAUCCACGCGGAUAACCCCCUCUCUCGGGCCCUGGGCGUCUACCUGAACCCUCUUGUUCGUGUGGGCUAUACUGGCGCUGCAUAUGCAGCCGUUCAUCCCUUUUGGCUAUCCCCACGGUAUAUUGCAUUGGGCGUUUGGCAGAGUAGACUCCGGCGUUGGCUUACAACGACGUUUUUCCAGAAGUUCGUCGUUCGCAGAAGAGUCGCAUUGUGGCAGGCGAAUUCAAACGACCGUCAUGAAGUUGGCGAGUUCUGCUUGACCGACGAGAUGCAAGUUCUCAUCGCCAAUGGCUGGGCACAUGUAUAG